GGGCGGGCGGCGGGCGGGCGGCCGAGCGCGGCCGAGCCCGGGGACCCCCGCGCGCCCCGGAAGAUGGUGGCGGCGGGGCCGUGCGCCCGCAGGCUGGCGCGCCGCUCGCACUCGGCGCUGCUGGCCGCGCUCUCCGUGCUGCUGCUGCAGACGCUGGUCGUGUGGAAUUUCAGCAGCCUGGACGCGGGCAGCGCCCCGCAGCAGCCGCCGCCGCCGCCGCCGCCCCCGGCCCCGCGCCGCGCGCGCCGGGACCUGCCGCCCCCCGGGGGCGCGGGGCGCGCGGCGCUGCCCGUCCGGCCGCGGGACCCGCAGCCGAGCCCGCUGAUCUCCCUGGAGAGCCAGGACGGCUACUUCUCCCACCGGCCCAAGGAGAAGGUGCGCACGGACAGCAACAACGAGAACUCGGUCCCGAAGGACUUCGAGAACGUGGACACCAGCAACUUCGGGCCCCGCGCGCAGAGGCAGAAGCACCCGCCCGAGCUGGCCCGGCGGGGCCUGGGCCGGCAGAAGGAGCUUCUCAAGCGGAAGCCGGAGCCGGGGGCCGCGGGCCAGGCGCCCUCGGCGCGGCCCCCCGGGAGCAGGGCGCCGGGGACGGGCGGCCGCGGGAAGGACGCGCCCCGGACGCCGCACGCCCGGAGGAGCAGCGCGGGCGCCCCGGACCCCAGGCGCGAGGCGCCGCCCAAGUGCGACAUCUCGGGGAAGGAGGCGGUGUCGGCGCUGUCGCGCGCCCGGUCCAAGCACUGCCGCCAGGAGAUCGCGGACACCUACUGCCGCCACAAGCUGGGGCUGCUCAUGCCCGAGAGGGUGACGCGGCUGUGCCCGCUGGAAGGCAAGGCCAGCAAGAGCGUGCAGUGGGACGAGGACUCCGUGGAGUUCCUGCCCGCCAACCCCGUGCGCAUCGCCUUCGUGCUGGCCGUGCACGGCCGCGCCUCCCGGCAGCUGCAGCGCAUGUUCAAGGCCAUCUACCACCGCGACCACUUCUACUACAUCCACGUGGACAAGCGCUCCAAUUACCUGCACCGCCAGGUGCUGCAGCUGGCCCGGCUGUACCCCAACGUGCGCGUCACCCCCUGGAGGAUGGCCACCAUCUGGGGCGGGGCCAGCCUGCUGACCGCCUACCUGCAGAGCAUGCGCGACCUCCUGGACAUGCCCGACUGGCCCUGGGACUUCUUCAUCAACCUCAGCGCCGCCGACUACCCCAUCAGGACCAAUGACCAGCUGGUGGCCUUCCUGUCGCGAUACCGAGACAUGAACUUCCUGAAGUCACACGGCCGGGACAAUGCCAGGUUCAUCCGGAAGCAGGGGCUGGACCGGCUCUUCCUGGAGUGCGACGCGCACAUGUGGCGCCUGGGGGACCGGCGCAUCCCCGAGGGCAUCGCCGUGGACGGCGGCUCCGACUGGUUCCUGCUGAACCGGAAGUUCGUGGAGUACGUGACCUUCUCCUCCGACGACCUGGUGACUCAGAUGAAGCAGUUCUACGCCUACACGCUCCUGCCAGCCGAGUCCUUCUUCCACACGGUGCUGGAGAACAGCCCCCACUGCGGCACCAUGGUGGACAACAACCUGCGGGUCACCAACUGGAACCGCAAGCUGGGCUGCAGGUGCCAGUACAAGCACAUCGUGGACUGGUGCGGCUGCUCGCCCAACGACUUCAAGCCGCAGGACUUCCACCGCUUCCAGCAGACGGCUCGGCCCACCUUCUUCGCCCGCAAGUUCGAGGCGGUGGUGAACCAGGAAAUCAUCGGGCAGCUGGACUCGUACCUGUACGGGAACUACCCGGCGGGCACCCCGGGCCUCCGCGCCUACUGGGAGAAUGCGUACGAGGAGCAGGACGGCGUCCACAGCCUGAGCGACGUGGCGCUGACCCUGUACCACGCCUUCGCCCGCCUGGGCCUGCGCAGGGCCGAGUCUUCCCUGCACAAGGACGGGGAGAACAGCUGCAGGUACUACCCCAUGGGCCACCCGGUCUCCGUGCACCUCUACUUCCUGGCCGACCGUUUCCAGGGCUUCCUCAUCAAGCAUCACGCCACCAACCUGGCCGUGAGCAAACUCGAGACGCUGGAGACGUGGGUGAUGCCCAAGAAGGUCUUCAAGAUCGCCAGCCCCCCCAGCGACUUCGGGAGGCUGCAGUUCUCCGAGGUUGGCACUGACUGGGACGCCAAGGAACGGCUCUUCCGCAACUUCGGGGGUCUCCUGGGGCCCCUGGACGAGCCGGUGGGCAUGCAGAAGUGGGCCAAGGGCCCCAACGUGACGGUGACCGUGGUCUGGGUGGACCCCGUCAAUGUCAUCGCCGCCACCUACGACAUCCUGAUCGAGUCCACGGCUGAGUUCACCCACUACAAGCCCCCCCUGAACACGCCGCUGCGGCCCGGCGUCUGGACGGUGAAGAUCCUGCACCACUGGGUGCCCGUGGCCGAGACACGCUUCCUGGUGGCCCCGCUGACCUUCUCCAACAGGCAGCCCAUCAAGCAGGAGGAGGCGCUGCGGCUGCACAGCGGCCCGCCCCGCAGCGCCUACAUGGAGCAGAGCUUCCAGAGCCUGAACCCGGUGCUCAGCCUGCCGCUGGUGCCCGCGCAGCUCGAGCAGGCGCGCAGGAACGCGGCGGCCGGCGGCGCGGGGCUGGAGCGCUGGCUGGACGCGCUGGUGGGCAGCAUGUGGACCGCCAUGGACGUCUGCGCCACGGGCCCCACGGCCUGCCCCGCGCUGCAGGCCUGCAGCCAGACGGCCUGGAGCUCCCUCAGCCCCGACCCCAAGUCCGAGCUGGGGCCCGUCAAGCCCGACGGCCGGCUCAGGUAGCAGCGGGCCCGCGCGGGGACCCCCGCCCGCCUCACAGGGAGCACAGCCAGAGAGAGCGCCUGCGCCCGGGGUGCGGGGGGCGCGAGGGGGCCCCCCGGGCCUGGCCUGCUGCAGGAGGGAGGGCUGGGCCGCGGGGGCCGGGGCCGGGCUGCAGACCCCCGGCGUCCGGCCUGGCGGGGUCGCGCCUCUUCCGGCCGGUGCUGGGGCCCUGCAGGUUCCUCCUCGUACCCCGGCCGGUGCCCCCCACGCCCAGACAAGAAGGUCCCGCUUCUCACGAGCAGCAGGCGGCGGCGCGGGGUGCCCCCCGGGGGGAGGGGUCGUGCCCGGCGCACCCCCCAGCACGUCUCCCGGCCUCCCCCGAGGCCCCCAGCACCCCAAGGGCUCUGCCAAACCCAGUUCCAACAGCACUGCCCAGCCCGGGGCGCGGCCGCCAGCUGCCCUCCGGCUCGUCUCCCUGCGCCCGGGACCCCCUUGAAGACACUCUCAGGGGUCCGGCCCCAGGCAGGCUCCCAGCCACCCACCAGGGCUCCCCGGAGGAGCUGGCCCAAUGACCAUGAGCGUGUCCCCAGGGAGCACCCCAAGGCCCCUCCCUGGAGGUCGGAACCCCCCCCCCCCGCCCCGCAGAGAAGCGGAAGUGCCCUGGUUCCUGCAGCGGUGACCCCCCGAACCUGGGUGCCCCCACACCCGGUGCUGCUGGGGUGCCCCCACUGGCCCAGGAACCCCGGUCCCUGCCCGUUCUCGCCCCGGCCACCCGGUGGGGUCCUGCUUCCUGCACACGGAGAAGAGAGAGGCCGGGGGCGGGGGCGGGUGUUGGACCCUGAAUAAUAUUCUUUCCCAGACCUCAAGGGUGUCCUUGGCAGGUGUCCCUGGGGGAGCCCCUCCCCCGGGGCUGAAGGCACAGCUCUGCCUGCACCUGCAGGAGGCUGUACAAGAGUGAGGGCCGCAGAGGGGCGUGGGGGGGGGGGGGCGCUGCUGCUUAUUCCUGGGGGGUCGCAGUCAGAUGCAAAUUUUCCAGCUCGUCCAUGUCCAUCUCGUUAGCUACUCACUGAAGCCGCCUGUAUAACCGGAAGCCACCCCCAUCUCACCGCUGCGCCCUCUCAUCCUCUCCCCCACUCACCCCUGCGCCCCUCCUCCUCCCCCCAACUCACCCCUGCGCCCCUCCUCCUCUUCCCUAUUCACCCCUGUGCCUCUUCUCGCCCCCACUCACCCCUGCACUGCCUCCUCCUCUCCCCAACUCACCCCUGUACCCCCUUCUCUUCUCCAUUCACCCCUGCACCCCUCCCCUCCCCUCACCCCUGGGCCCCUUUAGUCUCUCCUCACACACCUGUGUCUCUCUGCAGCUGCCCCAAACCCUCUGUGUCCUCAGAGGCAAGUGGCGGGUGCCCGACAGCAGGCGGGCUGUGCUUUGAGCCAAAAGCAGCCACCCGCAGGAGGCAGGGUGCGAGGGGGACAUUUUCCAUGCACAAUUCUGAUGGGCGUUGGGAACUUCCCCCCACCCCUAUACCAGGCACAGGGAUGCAGCAGGGGGGGCGGGCAGGGGGGAGGAGGGAGGACUGAGGGUGAUCGUGCCCUGCCCCCUGCUGUGUCCAGGGUGAUGGGACCAGGGGCCAGGGAUGGGGGAGCCCGGCUCAGGCUAGAGAGGACCCAGCAGGGGGAGCUGGGGAGGGGGUCCUGGGCCACUGCAGUCCUGGGCCUUUCUGGAAGCCUCUGCUCACUGGGGAAUCUGCCACCGCACCCCCCCGCCCCGCCCCUGCCCGGCCCCCUCCCAAAGACGGAGGUGGCACGGUGGGACCCUGGACGCAUUGCUCAGCCCGUGGCUUCCUGUGCCUGCCCCCCUCCUCGGAAAAGACCAGACUCCCUCCUGGGGCACCCCCCACCCCACCCCUUCCUCUCCCAGCAGACAGGCUCCUUUGGCACCAGAACUAUGCAGGGGUCUCUGGUUUGAGAAGGGGGCACAGCGGAGGGGCAGGGUCCUUGCGGCCCAGCCCAGGGUGGUCUGCGAUUUUCCAGGGACCGGGGCUCAGUCCUCCCUUCUCCUGAGAGAGACUCCGGGGGUCAAGGCCUUGGCCCAGCUUCAAAGCCGAGAGCCCAGACCGUGGCGUCUGCUGGGGAGUUGAAGCCCCGGGGGGGUCUGCGAGGGGGGUGGGGGCCUAGAGUAGACUCUGGUGUUUGUCCCCGGCCACUUGGGUGGAACCUGGGCUGCGGGGAUUAGAAAUGGGGCUGCGGGAACCCACCCUGCCCAGACCAUGUGGGAAGCAGCCCCCCAGGAGGGCAGGGCAAUUUCUGGGGUGGGGGGCUGCUCUGAGGACACCCACCCCCACUCAGCUCAGCACUUAUUCCUACUUGUUCCCUGUUUCUUUCAUUUCUCAACCCGCGUGGAGUUGGAAGCCAUCCCCAGGCAAGAGCCCUGGGGAGGGGGCAGCUGCCCUGCAGCACGGGCACUGUGCCCAGCACGCCCUGGGGACUCGGCCUGUGCCCCAAAGGCACGGGGAGGGGCGGUGGGGGGGGAGUCAGGGCAGCAGGGGUGGGGGUGGGGAGAAGAGAGCCCAGUGCCCCUCAUAGCCCAGUCCACCAGCCCCUCUGCCCCCCCCCCCCAGCAUGGGGGCGGGGUACACCGGAAACUGCCCUGGGCAAGGACCCCACCAACACACACACACACACCCCAGAUCAAAGCCAAGCUCUGUGGGGGUCCAGGACGCUGCCACAGCAGAGGAGCUCCUGGUGGAAGGCUCUUGGGGGGGGGGGUGAGGAGCGUGUCACACGUGUCACACGGGGGCAGCUGGGCUGUCGGGUGCCCCCCGCGGGAGGGGGACCAGUCUUCCCCAGGGGAAGGAGCGGACGCUGGAAUCCAGCUUUUCUUGGUGGGAAAUUGUGGGUCCUGAACCUGCAGCAGCUCCCGAGUUGUCGGUUUUUAAAGUUAGGUCUGGGUCCCGCCAGCCCCUCUCCGUCCCGGCGGCUCUCAGGACAGUGCUCGCAGAGCAGGUGAGGUGCGGCCAGGGAGGAGGGCGGCCCGAGGGGUCAGCCCCAGAUGGGCGGAGAAGCAGUCUGGCCUCUGGAGGCCUCAGCUGCUCUCUGGGGGGCCUGACAGCCUCGAGGUGGCGGGGUGAGGAGGGGGGUCCACGCUCCCCCGCGGGACGGCGCUCUGCUGCUUCUGCCUCAGUUUCCUCCCUCGGCCCACGGAUCACCCACGGGGCUACCUCAUUGUGUUUGCGGCAACGUUUACCAACCUGCUUGAGCUGGAUGCACAAACUAUGCAAAUUCUGUCUCACUGUCUCUCUUCCUCCCAAGGAUUCUUUCUUUUUAACCUUGCGAACGAGAUACUGUACCGACCCCUCGCACCCCUGCACCCCCCCCUCCUCAACACCCCAGUCUGCGGUCUUUGCUCUUGCCGAGCCCCCUGCAGGGAAAAGCAGGGGUCCCCUCCCACCCGCCUUCUCGUCUCCUCCUCCACCCUGCCCCUCCGAUCGCUGCUGCUUCUCCCCCCCUCACCCCUACCCCCCAAAGCCUUACGUUUCUCCUCUUUGAAAUGUGGCCUUAAAAUUAUUUUUUGGGGGGUGGAGAGGGGGGAAGCUUAACUGCCCUCUCACCCCAUGUCCACCCACCGACCUCCUGGAAGCAAGAGCAUCUUCUAGAAGCUUUGUAGAGCGUCCACCUCCGGGGUCAGGGAGCUGGUUGAUGCGGGCGCCCUGGGGGGUGGGGGUGUGGGGUGGGGGUGGGGAGGAGAAAUCUCCUGCCCUUUAUCCCGCAGGGUGGGGCACGAGGGGCCUGCUUGCUCCUGGGACCCUCGCCAGCCCUCUGGGCAGGAGCUGGCUUCGUUCCUAACUGGGGAGAUCUCCCCCACACCCAGCUUUUGGCCCUCUCUGCACCGACACCCUCCCCCCCCGCCCCCCCAACAGACUUGGUGAUGACAUACUGCAUUUAAGGGCCCGUCGGGGGGACCCACCCUGCUCUCCAGCGUUUUGCUGGAAAGAGAGCAAGCACAUGAAAUUGUCUCAACAGUUGGGCGGCAUUUUCAGAGGAGGGGGGUCUCCCUGCCCCCCUUGAGAGGUCCUCUUUUUACCCCAGGGCUGUUGGAGGCCAAAGACAAACCCAGAAUUUUCCUAGGAAAUUCACUGGAAUUGAGCGCACCCAUCUUUGUCGUCUCUCUCUCUCUCUUUUUUUUUUUUAAUACUUCUAUGUUGUCAACGGCGUGGGUUCGGGUGUUUUUUAGAGCCCCUCCCCCUUAAUAAGUUAUUACCACCCCCCCUCAUUGUUUUUUCGAAGACAUGUGGUGAUAUAGUUUUUAAAAAUAACUAUUUUGUUAUAGAUCAUAAUAUGCAUAAAACUGUACAGAGCUAUUUUGUAAUGUAUUGAUUUUACAAAAAAAAGAGAGAAUCUGUAAAUAAAGUUUUAAAAAGAGAGUGAUAAGAAUUCAAAUGGCACACCCUGAGAGAUGUAGAUAUUUUGCUAUUUAUUUAAAGGAGUAUUUGAAGAGAGAGCGAGCGAGCGAGAGAGCUGACAUGAGCCUGUCGUCAAAGUCGCGGUCACCCUCAUGCUUUCCCUGGCGGUGGCCGGUGACCGUCAGAGGCGAGGGAGCACUGCCGGCCCCGUUCUUCGUGCCCUGUUCAGUCUCUUCAUUUAGCAGGAAAACAACAAACAACAACAAAAUUGUGCCUUAGCCGUAUUUUUUUGUCUAGGGGAGUUCGUUUCUGUCCGACGAAGCAAAAUUCUUUUUGUUGCCGAAAACAGUGGAUGUAUUCAAUACUGUAUCAUACCAAAAACAUCGCAGGUGUACGGACAUGCUGUCUCUCAUUCUGUGUUUUCAGAUGCAGAAUUUUAAAAUUAAAAAAAAAAAAGAAAA